GUGCGAGGGCGCUGGUUCGAAGAGAGUACUCUUAGCAGAAUAAAGAGUCUAGAAUUUGAAAAAUGUGCUAAAAAUAAGACAACAGUUGCCGGCUUUCUGAAAUUAGACGAGUCAAAAAGAAAAUUUAGUUUGCCAACGUAACAUCGCGGUGCGGUUCGAUAGUGGAAAAAUAUUUAUUCAGGAUCAGCAUGGGGCCAAGCACAGAUUGUCCCGUUUGCGGAGUGGCUGCUUCUCAGGCAUGCACCAGGUGCAAGAUGGUGCGCUACUGCGACCGAGAGCACCAGAAGCAGCAUUGGCCGCAGCAUAAGCGCAGCUGCAGGCCCUUUACGGAGGGAGAGGAUGCCCAACUUGGGAGGUACUUAAUGGUUACCCAGGACGUUGCAGCCGGGCAGAUCGUGUUUAUCGAGGAGCCACUGGUGGUGGGGCCCAAGUGGUACCUUUCGGACGCGGAAAAGGAGGGCAGUGUCGUUCCAUGUGUGGGCUGUUUCGCUCCCUGUCGUCUGGGCAAGCACCAAUGUCGCAGAUGCCGCUGGCCAGUCUGCAGUUCCGGCUGCGAACACGAGGCCCUGGAGUGCAGUGUGCUUAGCUUGGGAACUGCUCCACCUGCACGGGCGGAUACUCGCACACUAAACGAUUACUUUAGGGGCGAUGCCCUUCUGGUACUGAAGUGCUUGCUCUUGCAGCGGCAAAGUCCAGCUAAGUGGAAUGCUCUGCUUGAGAUGCAGUCGCACGAGGAGGAGCGCAAGGGCACCGAUCUGCAUGAGGAGGCAGAGAAGCGGGUUGUGAACUAUUUGCAGCAACGAUUCCUACGUCGACUCAAUCAAACAAAGCCAAAACUACUGCACGAUUGUGGGUCAGAGCUGCUACAUCGACUGUGCGGCAUCAUCGAAACCAACUUUAUGGUCAUCGAGCUUCCGUCGGGUGUGGAACUAAGUGGGUUAUUUCGGCAGGCCUGUAUGAUGGAGCACGCAUGUCAGCCCAACUGCGACUUCCAGUUUGAUGCCAUAACUCAGCAAAUUGCUGUUCGGGCAGGGUGCGACCUGCGAAAGGGGGAACACCUUCAAAUCACCUACACAAACAUCUUGUGGGGCACCCAACUACGGCAGCACCAUCUGCGCCUAACAAAGCACUUCAGCUGCCGUUGCAGCCGUUGCAUGGAUCCCACGGAAUAUGGCACCUACUUUAGUGCUUUGGCAUGUCUUGGCGAUGUGAACCAGACGUGCUCUGGCAACCAUCUUCCCGUCGAUCCUUUGGACGAAAACACCCAGUGGAAGUGCAAUUCUUGCCCAAUGCUAGUAGAUGGGGCCUACGUGUCCGAGUUGCAGACCCACAUGACCGAUCAGGUGGAUAGCUUAAUGGCUGGAUGCCCUUCCGCUAAUCAGGUUGAAUUACUCCUGGCCCGCCUAUCCCAAAUGCUGCAUCCCAACCACUUUCAUACAUUUAAUCUGAAGCAUACGUUAAUCCAGCUGUACGGCAAUGAAGCUGGCUUGGAGUUGGUCGGACUCAGUAGUGCCCAGCUAGAACGGAAAUUACGUCUGUGCGAUGAACUCUACAACGUCUGCCGGCGUCUGGAUCCGCAUAGCAUCAAACUUGCUAUUUACGUAACGGUCAUAUUGAUUGAGAUCGCCCACACGCUGGAGGAGCAGGCAAGAAGAGAUCCAGCGAAAAGAGCUUCCCUUCUAGGACUGGCACAGGCUCGGCUCAUGGAAGCCCAGGUUGUUCUAGGGAAGGAGCACGCAUCUGUAGCCGGCACAAAGCUUAACGACAAACUGCAAAAGGAGAUUUUUGAGUGCGAGAAACAAAUUCUGACCCAUACCUAUAUUCAACCCGACGUCGGUCAAAGGUAACCUUUUGUUGA